AUGUUGCAUUUUUUUCGACGCAAUUUUAGAAACUGCCCUCCAAACGUUAAGGAGAUAUUGUAUUUGACAAAUAUAAGGCCCAUUCUUGAGUAUGCUUGUGUACUUUGGCAUCCCCAGUUACAGUAUCUGUGUGACGACCUUGAAAGAGUUCAGAACAGAGCAGCGAGAUUCGUGACCGGAAAUUAUGAUUAUACUGUAAGGUCGAGUGUCCUAAAAGACUGUCUUGGUUGGCAGCCGCUAAAAUGCCGAAGAUCCGCUUUACGUUUGAAAGUCUUUCAUAACAUUUAUAAUAACAAAACGGGCAUAAACAGGGGAUUGUUCCUUCAGUUGCCUCACUUCAUAUCACGCAGGGUACAUCAUCAGAAUAAGCUUCGCGAAUAUUCGGGCCGCCCUAAUAUCUUUAAACACUCUUUUUUUCCUCUUACCACUCAUCAAUGGAACUGUAUACCCGAGUCGCUUGUCAUGGUAUCAUCCAACAAUGUGUUUUUUUCCAGAUUUAUUGAAGAGUGCCUGUACCUUAUCUCCUGA